AUGGGUGAAAGAGGCAGGAAGAAGGACAACAAGGAUUCAGAAGGGGAAGAAGAGCAAGAGGAGGAGGAUAAAAAGGCAAAAAGGGACAUAAAUGGGGAAAGGGAAAAAAGAGAGCAAAAUGACGGAGAGGGUAAUAAGCGAAAGAGGCGAUUGGACGAAGACAAAGAUGAGGAGGAUGAGGAUGACGAAGACUACGAGGAUGAGGAGGAGGAGGAGGAGGAGGAGGAUGAGGAAGAGGAAGAGGAGGAGGGGGAGGAGGAGGAGGAUGAGGAUGAGGAAGAGGAGGAGGAGGAUGAAGAGGAAGAGGAGGAGGAGGAAGAAGAAGAGGAGGACGCCGUAGGAACAAAGGGUGACAAAGUAAAAAGGUUUGUGAAAAAACGCGAGGACAAAGAAGUCAAGAAGGCAAAGGUAAGAGAGUGUGAAAAAGAAGUGAUAAAGAAUAAAAAUGGUAACUGUUGUUGGAACUUCGGCCAGACCACUGAGGAGAGGGAGAGAUCUCUGUAUGGCCUAUACUUGCAGCAACCUCAGUACCUCAAUCUCAGUCAGCAUCCUCUCUUCCAUGCCAUGAAGGAGGCGCAAGUGCGAGCCUCUGCCCUGUUUUCGCAGGGACUCUUCUCCUGUUCUGGCCUGGAAACCGAGGCGACUUGUGGCCUCAGAGGCGAGGCCAGCUGUGCCAGUGAUGCUCUGUCCGGCGGCGGCAUGGACAACAGAUCUCUCGGUCAGCCGGGCCUCUCGUGUUUGGGAGCAGCGUCCCCGUCGAAACCAUUCUGUGAAGAGCAUCAGAACAGCCUGGACCUCUCCGUCGGUAACGUCGGUCCGACGCGUCUGCACAACCAACCUACGCAGGCGUCUGGUUCUUUCGACACGUUUCGCAGACCGAGUCAACCUCUCUGCCUGUUGCCGUUGCCCGGACUGCCCACAGCCUCACUUGGACUCAAGGUCGGCCAUGACAGUUGCUCCGGCAACCAACGUGAUGGCGCAGGUCUGGGUCCAAAUGGAGCAGACUCAGACGUUCGGCGCAUGGCCGAAUUGACAGCCGAGCUGGCACAGACGUUCGCCGCGGCCGCUGCCGCGGCCGUAGCGCAGUCCAAUCUCACGACGACAAUUGGCGCCGGAUCCAACAGCAAUCUCGAGACUGGAGGUGAUCUGGGCUUCGCGCAGCUUGGAAGGGUCUCGACUUCCGGCGGCUCAGACAUCAUCGGACUAACGGACACAGUCGACCUGUCGGAGUCGAGCUCGGAUGCGGUCAGAAGUGAGCGCCAAUUUGGCGAGGUGACUUCCGUCGUCAACAGCCUGUCAGUCGGCCGGAGUCAGGCCAGUCUGGACGGAGCUGGACUUGUGGUGAAAGGGACGAAUGGCGGUUUGGUGGAUGGCAACGUGACGGUUUGCAUCCCGGAAGGCCCAGUCUCUGGUAGCCAUGCCGAAUCCAAGGCGAAUCCAAACGGCCUUUACUGUGUCGUCUGUGGAGAUGUGAGUAGUGGGAAGCACUAUGGCAUCCUGGCCUGCAACGGCUGUAGUGGUUUCUUCAAGAGAUCCGUCAGAAGAAAGCUGAUUUAUAGGUAA